AUGAAUCCCAGCGCGGCAUUGUUUGUGUCCCAUUGUACUGGUUUUGUUCAGAUUCGUGUUGAAAAACUUAUCGCUGCUGGCCGUAUCUUUGAAGCUCUUGAAGAGACAUCCAUCAUGCGACAAUUAAGACCUUCUUCGCCCUUGGGGUAUCUUUUCGAAGGUGACAUUCUUUCCAACAUGCAAGGAAAACAAGCAGCAGCUAUGAGCAUGAUCAAUCGUGGAAUUCACACUGCAUCCAAAAUCGACCCCAGCUAUCCUAAGCUACUUGACAGCAAGAACCGGAUACGUGAAAAACAGCAGCUUCGUAUUGAUUUCAUCAAAAAGUUGCCAGUGGACAUUGUGAGGAAACGGAUCGCUCCACUCUUAUUGACAUCGACUAUGAAACAUGAGAUUCUCAACGUGUCAUCCAUUUGGCAACAACGAUUCGCCCCAGUCUUUGGAAUGCAUGUUGAAGUACGUGACGCACAAGAUUGGACGACAGGAUAUCGACGUAUCAUUGAUGGUGCGUCAUGGAUUAAGUCUUUGAGCCUGAAGCAUUGCCAGCAAUCACCCUACACAUUAUUACAACGCCGAGAAUUCAAAUCUCUCGAGAGGUUGCGCAUCGAAGAUUGUCCCAUAUACAAGUUGUCGAAUAUUUCUAAUGUCGGCAAACGAUUGACACACCUGUAUAUUACCGAUGGACAUGGACCCAAAUCGAUUCGAUUGCAAAGUUUGCUCCUCACUUUCCCCAACUUGGAGAUCAUCCAAUGCUUCGGUGUAUGCGACUUGGAUACAUCAACUCUUGAUACUGGACAAUGCUAUUCCAAAGUACGCACGCUUCUCUUUUGGACAAGCAGCAUGAGCAAAAAAGGUGUCAAGUCCAUCGUAUCUUGUUUCCCAUCCCUCGAUCGCUUUGCAAUCUUCCAUCGACGAAAUCCUGUGCAGUGUUUGGUUGAGAUGUCACCUAUUGACAAUGACGGCGAUCUUGUUUAUUUCGGAUCAAGCUUUGAUAUCUGCAACAUGAGCUACGAGGAACCUGCAUUAGAGCACAUGCUAUAUUUGGAUGGGGAAGGAGUGGAUAUUGAGAUGGCUGCUGAAAGCUUAUUACAAGCGAAUGAUCCUCCCAUAGCAAGCGUUAUUUUCAACAGCUGUGCAAGAGCAGGAAUGAGAAACAAUGAUACUGAAGAAGACAUGGCACGUUAUUUGACGAUGGCUACCACGUAUGCUCCAAGACUCAACUCCUUUCUGCUAUGCAACCUCAACCUGCAUGAGGGACAAUGGAUGCAAUUUCUGCAAGGCCUCAAAGCAAAAGGUAUGCAACCCUUCUAUUUAGAAGUGAUUGAGUGCCCAGGCGUUACGGAUCGUGUCCUCGAAGAUAUCAUCCCACGCAAAAGCAUUCGAUCUAUACGAUUUGACGGCCUCGUCAACAUUACCCAAAAAGGUGUCUCCCGUUUGCUUCGCUCCAGAUCCUUCGAUGAUGUUACCAUAGUCAAUUGCCCCAACGCCGUUGUACCCCGAUCUUACUAUCACUACUACCAUUAG